AACUGAUGUACUUGCUUCGGCAGUACAUAUACUAAAAUUGGAACGAUACAGAGAAGAUUAGCAUGGCCCCUGCGCAAGGAUGACACGCAAAAUCGUGAAGCGUUCCACAUUUUUUGUCUUUAUGAAUUAACAAAUGAUUACUAUCUUAACAAUUUUUAAUUGCACUGAAACAUAAAUGUAAAAACCCAUUUUAUGUUCAUGAUUACUUAAAAGUUCACUAUUUUGACGUGAACUAGUAUAUGUACAUUGUAUAAAAUGAAUUCAUAGAAGGGUUGACAUCGCGUGCUAUGGUUUGGAUUGUUGAAAAUGAAAUGUAUUAUCAAUUAAAUUUUUGUAUAAUAACAUUAGAAAGAAGAAGAUGAUGUUAUUGAAAACUGUAUUCUAAUCAAUCGUAAAAAUAUUCUGUAAAGUAAAUAUAUAAAAUGUUUAUUUAAGUACCGGUUGCAUUCCGUAAACAGACCGUAUAAAUACAACGAAUACAUAUGAAUGAUUUCUAAUUUAUUUAAAAAAUGAUGAAACAAUGGUUAUCAAAUUUUAUACUAGCCGGAACUAUUAGAUUUUUGUUGAUGAAUUCUGAAUUCCAAAAAAUUAUCAGUAAUCGUGUGGAAGUAUCAACAGCAUUGAACUCUUGGAAAAGAGUGACUGAAGGAGUGUAUUUAUAUAAUUUUGGUAUUGAUCCUUAUACGGGUGAUUUAUUUCAUGAAACCCCUAUUGGUUUAUACAUCUUCAAUCUGAUACAACAAUAUUUACCACAUUGGGUUUUGUUUUGUUUAUUUAUCUCUACAGAUUUAUUGACAGCUUUACUUCUUGGACUUAUUGCAAAGUACUAUGCAAAUGAAUUGGCUUCUAGAAAAGAAGAAGAGAAAUCAUCAAGUGAAAAUACAAAAAAUCAUGAUGAUGCUUCUAUGAUGUAUACUUCAAUGAUGUAUGUCUCGGCAGGAUAUUUAUUUAAUCCAUAUAUAAUACUAAAUUGUGUUGGGCAUACAACAACAGUAUUCACAAAUUUGUUAUAUUCCAUAGCACUGAUCUCAAUGAUAAGAUGUUCUAUGUUUUGGAGCUGUUUAUCAAUUUCAUUAUUAACAUUACAAGGACUCUAUCCUAUUUCACUCAUAGUGCCAGCAGUAAUUUAUAUUGCUCGUUCUAAUAGGAUAAAGAAAAAAAGAAAUAUUAUAAUUUUUCUGUUGAUGUUUUCAAGCAUGUUAACAGCUCUAGUUUGUAUUUCUUAUUAUAUCAUGGGAAGUUGGUCAUUCAUUUGGAAUACACUGGGUUUCAUUUUAACUGUUCCUGAUUUGCGUCCAAAUAUAGGACUUUAUUGGUAUUUUUUCACGGAAAUGUUUGAGCAUUUUAGAUGGCUCUUUAUUGCUUCUUUUCAAAUAAAUGUCAGUUUGUUAUAUAUAGUACCACUAGCAUUGAGGUUGCGACAUGAUCCAAUGCUAUUAGCAUUUUCUUAUUUAGCAAUUGCUGCUAUAUUUAAACCUUAUCCCUGCAUAGGGGAUGUUGGCUUUUAUAUGUCUCUUUUGCCAUUGUGGAAACAUUUGUUCCAGUAUACACAACAAGGGUUCUUUGUAGGCUGUUUCAUGCUAUUUUGUACAGUUUUUGCUCCCACUGUUUGGUAUCAGUGGAUUUAUUCCAGAUCAGCUAAUGCAAACUUUUAUUUUGGGGUGACAUUAGCAUUUGCCAUAGCACAAAUUUUUUUAUUAACAGAUAUUCUGUUUGCAAGCGUAAAACAUGAAUUUGCAAUACGUCAUGGUAUUAAUAAGGAUAUCAGUGGAAGCACAGCAAAAUUACUUUUAGAAUAAAGUUGUACCUUACAAAUUUUAGCAUUAAAAUUGUUUAUGAAAUUCCAAA